UCACACACAGACGCUCAGCCGUCACUGCCUCUGUCACUUGCCGCUGGCUUCUGUCAUAGUUUUUCUCAGAGUGACUGUUUUUCGUACACAAAGUGCUUCGCGAGGAGCGCGCAGAAACAAUGUCUCGCUCCUGACCAACACUGAAUGGAUUAGCCAGCUAUUCUGAGCACUAAUGAGAUUACAGAGUCACAACAGACAUGGGUCUCAGCAGCGUGGUACCUUUUGUCGCGCGUCCUGAGGAGUGUUUUUCUUGUCAGUCUGGAAAUGGCGCUCAGAAAGUGACGGAUGCCAGGGAAUAGACGCGCACACGCUCACCUAUGUUGGUUUUGUGGUGUGGAUUCUUGUAGUAGAGGUGGACAAUAUGAAGUACCAGAAAUAUAUAACGGUGAUGCAGAUGGCCAUGGGAGUGACAGCCUCCAAUAAAGAUGACUGCAUCCCUCCGAAGAGACAGUUGUGGGUGCCACCUUGUUCAGAUGCCCCCGCCGCCUCUGUGGCCGCACCACCCGCUGCGACUGUGAGUCAGGGCAAACCAUCACUGCGCAGGAUCAAGGGCCGCAUCCACAAAAGCAAGAGCCUGGACAGCAUAGAUCUACUGGACGGCAAUACUACAACAAUGGAGGAAACCGUAAUAUGGGAACAGCACACAGUGACUCUUCACAGGGCUCCAGGUUUUGGGUUCGGAAUCGCUAUCUCAGGGGGCCGUGACAACCCUCAUUUUCAGAGUGGAGAGACCUCGAUAGUUAUCUCUGAUGUGCUUAAAGGGGGUCCGGCGGAGGGUCUUCUACAAGAGAAUGAUCGAGUGGUGAUGGUAAAUGGUGUCUCCAUGGACAAUGUGGAACAUGCUUAUGCUGUUCAGCAGCUGAGGAAGAGCGGGAAAAAUGCCAAAAUUACUAUACGCAGAAAGCGAAAGGUGCAGCUUCCCGUAACACGGGGAGGAGACCGAGAGACCAUGUCAGAGCGAGAGGAAGAGGACGACACGGAGGAAGAUGAUUUUGAGGGUCCAGCACGUUCAGGGGGUGCGAGCGGCGGCACGAGUAGAAGAAACGAGCGCAGUGGCAGUGCCGGGCGACGGGACCACAGUGCUUCCCGUGAGAGGAGUAUCUCCCCACGCUCGGACCGGCGAUCGGUCGCGUCCAACGUCCCGCCUCGACCUUCCAAAGUCACGCUUGUAAAAUCCCGCAAGAGUGAAGAAUACGGUUUGCGUCUGGCCAGCCACAUAUUUGUAAAGGACAUUUCUCCAGAGAGCCUUGCAGCCCGUGAUGGCAACAUACAAGAGGGAGACGUCGUCCUCAAGAUCAACGGCACCGUGACGGAGAACCUAUCCUUAAUAGAUGCAAAGAAGCUGAUCGAGCGAUCGAAAGGCAAGCUGAAGAUGGUGGUGCAGAGAGACGAGAGAGCCACACUCCUCAACAUUCCUGAUAUGGAUGACAGCAUUCCCUCAGCUAAUUCAGACCGAGAUGACAUUUCAGAAAUCCAUUCACUGACAUCAAAUCAUUCCCACGAGCGCACCCGCCGCAGUCGUUCCCGUUCCCCCGACAAACGCUCAGAGCCCUCCGACAUAUCCAGCCAGUCUCCCCAACAGAUGAGCAACGGCAGUCACAGAAGUCGUGAGGAGGAUCGCAUCUCUAAACCAGCGGCUGUGUCCACUCCAGUUAAGAUAGCUGAGGAUGCACUUCUGGCCCUGCCCACCGAACAGCCUGGGGACAAACAGAUCCCCCCACUGCCAGAGCCAAAACCUGUGUAUGCACAACCUGGGCAACCUGAUGUUGAUCUGCCAGUGAGCCCUACAGAUGCCCCUGUGCCCAGCGUCACCCAUGAUGACAGCAUCCUCCGGCCUAGUAUGAAGCUGGUGAAGUUUAAGAAAGGAGAAAGUGUUGGAUUGAGACUGGCAGGAGGUAAUGAUGUGGGCAUCUUUGUGGCCGGGGUGCUGGAGGACAGUCCUGCUGCUAAGGAAGGUCUGGAAGAAGGAGACCAAAUACUCAGGGUUAACAAUGUUGACUUUGCAAACAUCAUUCGUGAGGAAGCAGUGCUGUUCCUGCUGGAUCUGCCCAGAGGUGAAGAGGUCACCAUCCUGGCUCAGAAGAAAAAAGAUGUGUACCGGCGAAUCGUGGAGUCUGAUGUGGGCGAUUCCUUCUACAUCAGGACACACUUUGAAUAUGAGAAGGAGUCGCCUUACGGGCUGAGCUUUAAUAAGGGAGAGGUGUUCAGGGUGGUGGACACCCUCUACAAUGGCAAACUGGGUUCCUGGCUGGCCAUCCGUAUCGGAAAGAAUCACCAGGAGGUGGAAAGAGGCAUCAUUCCCAACAAGAACCGGGCGGAGCAGUUAUCCAGUGUACAGUACACACUCCCCAAAACAGCGGGCGGUGACCGGGCCGACUUCUGGAGGUUCAGAGGUCUGCGCAGCUCCAAGAGAAACCUGAGGAAGAGCAGAGAAGACCUGUCAGCUCAGCCUGUUCAGACCAAAUUCCCAGCUUAUGAGAGAGUGGUUCUUAGGGAGGCCGGUUUCCUGAGACCUGUUGUGAUCUUCGGGCCGAUCGCGGACGUGGCGCGAGACAAACUGGCAAGAGAGGUGCCCGACCUGUUCGAGCUGGCGAAAACACAGCACCCAGAUGGAAGGGAAAAAAGUGAACCCAAAGAUGCUGGCACUGACCAGCGGAGCUCUGGAAUCAUACGUCUUCACACUAUCAAAGAGAUCAUUGACCGGGAUAAGCAUGCAGUAUUGGACAUCACUCCUAAUGCAGUGGAUCGGCUAAACUACGCUCAGUGGUAUCCCAUCGUGGUGUUCCUGAAUCCUGACAGUAAGCAGGGAGUGAAAAGCAUGAGGACCAGACUCUGUUCCGAGUCUAGAAAAAGCGCCAGGAAGCUUCACGAGCGUGCACUCAAGCUUAGAAAGAACAACCAUCAUCUCUUCACAGCUACUAUUAACAUGAACAACAUGAAUGAUGGCUGGUAUGGAGCACUGAAGGAAACCAUUCAACAGCAGCAGAACCAGCUGGUGUGGGUCUCAGAGGGCAAGGCGGAUGGCACUCCCAACGAUGACCUGGACCUUCACGACGACCGCCUGUCCUACCUCUCCGCCCCCGGCAGCGAGUACAGCAUGUACAGCACGGACAGCCGGCACACAUCCGACUACGAGGACACCGACACGGAGGGCGGAGCCUACACCGACCAGGAACUAGACGAGACCCUGAACGACGAUGUAGGGCUGCCCAGCGAGCCUGCCAUCACUCGUUCCUCAGAGCCCGUCCGGGAGGACCCGCCCGUCAUCCAGGAACCCCCUGGAUACGGAGGGUACCAGCCCGAGCCGUUGAACCGCAUCGACCCGGCAGGGUUCAAGGCCCCUGCACCUCAGCAGAAAGCAGAGGCUGCUCUCCCCCCGCAGCCUGAGCCGUUGGCAGAGACAGCGCCACCUGCUGUUCAUGUAAAUGUAGGGGCCCUGAGUGCCAAGGAUCUCCCGGUCACCCUCCCUCAGGGCGAUUUCAGCCACGAGGCUGGCUCUCUCUUCCCAGCUUCCCCUGAGCUAGCUCAUCCCCCGCCUCUCGACCCCAACCAAUCCGGACAACCCGGGUCAGAGUCCAAGAUGUACAAGAAGGACAUCUACCAUACCAAUGAACCAGCGGAGGUGAACCGGAACCCUAUGCAGCCCAAGUACGGCUCUCAGCAGCCCCUCUACCAGGAAGACAAGCCAUACAGAGACUACAACCUCCAGCCCUACCACUACGACGGAGGAUACAUGGAACCAAAGGCUCGUAACUUGGACCCUCACAUGCAUUUUGACAACCGCGUGCCUCCGUAUGAAGAGCAGUGGGCCCCUUAUGACCACCAGUCUGGAUACGACCCUCAUAUGCCUUAUGACGACGGUCUGAACCGCUACGGUCACCCUCAGACACGGCACGACACAUCUUACGACUCGAGUCGACCUCGCUACAGCAAACCCAGCACCGGACCCAUCCGACACGAUGAACCUCCCCCUCCCGUCACGGGGGGAUACGAUGCACGGCCGCAGUAUGACCAAUCCAGCUCUCGUUCCCCCGAGCCCCCCAAACAGUACUACGACCCCUCUCAGAGACCCUCCUACACCCAGCCACAACAGAGGGGCUACAUGAACACCGAGGCCUCUGUGACCCCUCCCAAAUCAGAGUCUGUAUCACCGCCAGCGGAACCUGCACCUCUUCCUCCUCCUCCAGCGGAAGCAGGGGAUGACCUGGCAAUGAAACACCAGUCGGUGCUGACGAGAGUCAAGAUGUUUGAGAACAAGCGAUCCGUGUCUGUGGACAGGGCACGGGAGUCUGCAGAUUCUGGUCUUCGGCCAGUGGACAUGGUGCCUAAACCUGGUGCUGCCUCUGUGCCCAAAGCCAAUUCUUUAAGUAACCUGGACCAAGAGAAGACCUUCAGAGCUCCAGAGCCACAGCAGCCACAGCCUAAGGUGGCGGAUGAUAUCAUUCGCUCGGAUAACACUGACCCUGAUGAGGAUGAGGAGUACUACAGGAAACAGCUCUCUUACUUCGACCGCCGCAGCUUUGACAACAAACCCUCAAACCCACAGCUGACACCCGUCAUCAAGCCAGCUCAACCCCAGAGCCAGCCAGGGUACUACCCCAGGGCUGAUUCAGUAGAGAAGACCAACCCUGUUCCUCCAGUAAACCCAGCUGUCCCACCCCCGACUCUGCCCAAACCUGCAGCGACCCCGCCGCUUGAUCCACACGGAUCUCCAAAAGUGAAGCCACUUAAUCACGAAGACACGGUCCAGAGCAACUACCUGCCUCAGAAGAGCUUUCCAGAGAAAUCUCCUGUUAACGGCACAAGCGAACCUCCAAAGCCCAACAGCGUUCCUGCCACGUCCAGCUACAACCGGUUUGUGCCCAAGCCAUACACCACUUCCGCAAGACCCUUCGAGCGCAAGUUCGACAGCCCCAAGUUCAAUCACAACCUACUGCCUAAUGACUCUCAAAACAAGGUGGAUGAUGUAAAAGCCCCCAUCAGUAAUUCUGUGAAACCGCAGAGCUCCCCCCAGCCGGCAGAUCACGACAGCGGCGUGGACACCUUUACUCGCACCAUGGACCAGAAAUCCAAAUACCAGCAGAAUAACAUUAAUGCCGUGCCCAAGGCUAUACCUGUCAGUCCGAGCGCUUUAGAGGAUGAUGAUGAUGACAGCCACACAGUGGUGGCAACAGCACGAGGCAUCUUCAACAGUAACGGCGGUGUCCUGAGCUCUAUUGAGACGGGAGUGAGCAUCAUUAUCCCUAAUGGAGCCAUUCCUGAGGGCGUGGAGCAAGAGAUCUACUUCAAAGUGUGUCGGGACAACAGCAUCCUGCCACCUCUGGACAAAGAGAAAGGUGAAACUCUGCUGAGUCCUCUGGUGAUGUGUGGCCCUCACGGUCUGAAGUUCCUGAAGCCAGUGGAGCUCCGCCUACCUCACUGUGCGUCUAUGACUCCUGAUGGUUGGUCUUUUGCUCUAAAAUCCUCCGACUCCUCGUCGGGUGAUCCUAAGAAUUGGCAAAACAAAUCUCUGCCUGGUGAUCCCAACUACCUGGUUGGAGCCAACUGUGUGUCUGUACUCAUUGACCAUUUCUAAGGAGGGCAUCCACAGGCCUGUUACUGAAUGUGGGACCAGAUAAAUUGAAAGAGAACCCUCCUUCCCCUUUACGAAAACGCACUCUCGGUCUUCUAGGAUGAAGGCGCUAGGCAACACUAAAUGAAGGGUCUCCUGACUGUGCUGUGUUUACUGUAACCAUGAAGACUGGAGGGUGGGUUACAUUCUCUGAAGUGCUGUUUUAAUCUCCACAUCUUCCUCUUCGGCUUUUCUUCCUCUUUUUUUUAAGUGCUUUUAAAGGCUUUUGAGGAUAACAAACAACCGAUGUUAACUUUUACCGGACUGCAUGCUCUGUGCCACUCACACAUUAAUAUUCACACUGUAAGCCAAGUAUAAUAUUUGCUACACAUGAUUUGUGUUUUUCAUUGUUAGGUUCUUCCAUUCAGUCUAGGAAAAUGAUAGACUAUAUUUACCUGCAAAUGUAUUUUCUCUUCAUAUAGUAUGCACAAUAAUAUAAGUAUAAUGUACAGCGCGACGUUUCUAGAAUAUUGAAUUCUACUUUUAGUCCCGAGGAUAUUUCAAGCAGUGUAGAUGGAAUGCAUUGCCUGACUUGAAUCAUGAGAGCGUCAAGGUGCAGAACCAGUGCUAGAUAAGAGUUAAAGGAAUGGGAGAAAUGGCAAGUGAAGAAUAUCCACCUUGAAAAUUUUCUAGCCAAGGACACCAUGUCACCAGAAAUACCUACAGGCUCCACUUUUUGUAAUAGUUUCUUUGUAGACUCUUGGACCUGUGAACUUUAGCACUGGAACAUUCCUGCUGUGUCGAGAUCUAUGCAUGUGCUUUGACUCAGGUGUGAAGAACGCUGCUCUCUCAUUUCCUCUCUCUCUCUCUUUCUUAUUUUAUCUCUUCCAGUUUCUUCCUCAGUCUCUCUUAAUCCACCAAAAGCAGUGAUGCCUUAUCUGAAAUGAUCACUUUUUCAAUAACAAAAACCUUUUGGGUUUCUUUUUUGCUAAGUUGUGUUAAUGAUAAAUUAUGACGAAACUGAAGUUGUCUUUCUGCCAUUCUCUCAACCCACUGUACAAAAUAAAGCUGGGUGUCGCGCACAAGAGCAGCAUACAGGCUAAGAACAGGUUUUCUCUUUUUAUCUGCUAUGCACAUGACCUUUAAAGAGAAACAAAAACUCAAAGGUGGCAGGAAAGAAGUGAAUUGGCUGUACAUAAAGCUAGCAUAUUGCCUUCAUUACUGGUUUGUAAAUGACUUUUGUAUGUCUUUAUUAUUUUGUAUAAAACUAAGGGGGAAAACGUUUAUAAAUGAGAAAGGAUGAAAUGAAAGUGGUCUUUGUAUUAUGGUUCUUCCCUGAAGCCUUGGAACGUGUAUACAGCAGUAAUGAAAUCACAUUUUCUACAGAUAUUCACUCGAUAUAAGCGUUUUUAACGAUAACCAUCUUUUUAUUCUUUAUUUACAAAAGAAAGUGCUUGAUGUAGCCUAAACUAUUCUCGAAACCUGUUUCUUUUAAACGGUGUGCUUUAAAUGUGUCCCGCGCAUUUAUUUCUGAUACUGGAUGCUUUUAUUGUGUGUCCUGAAAUGUAUUUUUGUACUAAUAGACUAUAUAUUACGGCACACCGGAGAUCUUUUUUCUUUAGACAGUAUAACACGGUUUAGACUGGUCAUUAGCUAUUCACGUGAGCCAGAAUUUUGUUCCCCAACACAAUUUCCAAUAUGCCACUGUAUUAAAAAAUAAAAUCAUUUUUAA